UAUAAAAAUACCCGGGAAGUGAAGUUCUAUUCGUGGGCAUAUAUUGCUACUGUGUAAAAACUUGCAAAAUUAAAUCUCUCGUUAUAACAUUCUUGACUUAUCUAUUAUACACUAUAUAAUAUACAAUUCUUCAGCAGCUGCAUUCGUCGAGCUGCAACCGUCGGAACGGGAGUUGUUUAAUCGGAAGGACGCAAUCAGAGUCUACAGUUUGCUGACAACGAAAAUCAAGUCGAGGACCUCUGUAAUACACACUACACAGCCCUGUACCCAUACAUUGUACAUCAACAAAAACUACAAUUCAAUCGAGUUCAACUUCAUAAUUCUUCUGCCAGCGUAGUUUCAUCUCGUCUCAAAUUCACAGGUUAAUCAGAGACCAAUCCAGUGCCUGAAUUAAGUCGUGCUCUUUCCUUCAGAAGCAAAAAUGGUUAUCAAGAAGAUUUGUUGCAUUGGUGCCGGCUAUGUAGGUGGACCAACUUGUAGCAUGAUUGCUUACAAAUGCCCAGACAUUCAAGUAACUGUGUGUGAUCGAAAUGACGAGAGGAUUGACCAGUGGAAUUCGCAUAAGCUUCCUAUCUAUGAGCCUGGACUUGACGACAUUGUCAAAGAAUGUCGAGGCCGCAACUUAUUUUUUACUACGGACAUGGAUCCUGCAAUUAAGGAAGCGGACUUGAUCUUCAUAUCGGUUAACACUCCGACAAAGACGUUUGGGGUUGGAAAGGGUCGAGCAGCAGAUCUCAAGUUUGUGGAAUCAUGUGCCAGGAAAAUCGCAUCUGUCGCCAACGGUCCAAAAAUUGUAGUCGAGAAGAGCACUGUACCGGUUCGGUCUGCUGAAAGUAUCAUAAACAUUUUGAAGGCCAACACUCGCCCUGGAGUAGAAUUUCAGGUUUUAUCUAAUCCAGAGUUCUUGUCGGAAGGAACUGCCAUCAACGACUUAACCAACCCUGACAGGGUAUUAAUCGGAGGCGAGACUACUCCGGAAGGCGCCCGUGCCAUUGAAGAGCUUUGUUGGGUGUACUCCCACUGGAUUAAUCGAGAUCGAAUUAUUACUACCAACACGUGGUCUUCUGAGCUAUCAAAACUGACAGCAAAUGCCUUCUUAGCACAGCGGAUUUCGAGUAUCAAUGCCAUUUCAAUGGUUUGCGAAGCCACAGGGGCGGAUAUUACAGAAGUCGCAAAAGCCAUUGGGACGGAUUCAAGGAUUGGUCCGAAAUUUCUCCAAGCGUCGGUGGGGUUUGGGGGAAGUUGCUUCCAGAAAGAUUUGCUCAACUUGGUCUACAUUAGCGAGUGUCUCAAUUUGUCCGAAGUUGCUGCUUAUUGGCAGCAGGUGAUUGACAUGAAUGAAUAUCAAAAGUCUCGAUUUGCUGGGAAAGUUGUUGAGAGAUUGUUCAACACAAUCACUGAUAAAAGAAUUGCCAUGUUUGGAUUUGCUUUCAAGAAGAAUACUGGCGACACUAGAGAAUCUCCGGCAAUUUAUGUAUCAAAGUAUUUGUUGGAAGAAGGGGCCAAGCUUCAUAUUUACGAUCCUAAAGUCGAAGAGAAGCAAAUAUUCUUCGAUUUGGUGACUAUGAUGCCGACAGAAGAUCCCGAGGGGGUAAAAGAACUCGUUAAAGUUCACUCCGAUGCAUACAGCGCUGCAAAAGAUGCUCAUGCAAUCGUUAUUUGCACAGAGUGGGAUGAGUUCACGACGCUGGACUACCAAAAAAUUUACGAUUCUAUGUUGAAACCAGCGUUCCUUUUUGACGGUCGUAAAAUAUGUGACCACGAAGCGUUGGUGAAAAUCGGGUUUCAUGUCGAGACAAUUGGAAAGCGAGUUUCUCGCAGUCCUUUAUUGAGAGUAAUGGCAUGAUGAAACGAUGAUGACGUGGGGAGCGAAAAAUCCUGGAAACCGUUUACAGAAAGAUUAAGAAAUCAAUUAUUUAACUGCUGACAUUCCAAUCAUUAACUUACUACGUAUGUUAUGAAUUGUUUUUAUUGAAUGUAUUUAACAUUGAUUGUAAUGUAAUUACACAUUGUUUUAACUGUUAUGUAUUAACUUUUUAUACAACAAAAAGUCCAAAAUUUUAUAAAACAAUUCUUGUACAGAAGUACGCAAAAA